AUGGGUUGCCGAUUCGUGUCCGUGGCGCUCGUCUUGGCACAGCUGGUGUCUGAGGUGUCUGGGGACUUUGUGUACGACGACAAGUUGGGAAGCGGCAAGUCGCCUGUGCUUCCGCUCGGGAGCCCGAAGCGCAUGGUGAGGUCCAUCUUCGAGAUCACUCGGACCACCAGCGGUGCUCUGGGAGCCGUGGGAGGUCAGCACUCUCAGCUGAUCCUAGACUUCGGUGAUCAGGAGCCCAUGUUGGCCUGUGACUUGCACACCAUCCGAGACCCAAAGAGACCUGAAUCCCGUCUGAAUCUGGGAGCCAUCUUCGUGCUUCGCAUCCCGUACGAAGACGUGAAGACCUCCAAGAAGAUGAAUUCGGCCCAGACCAUGACCGAAGAGGAGCUCAAAGAAGCCAAGGCCAAGAACCCUUCCUUCGCGCCCAAAUCCAUUUGGCGCGAGAGUCAACUGUCCUCUGAAGUCUCCGAGCAGGAGGUCUUCUCCUUCCUGAGAGCCUG